AUGAGCGAAAGAUUAAACAACUCUAUGCCACCUGACGGUGAAACGUUAUUGCAACCUGAACAUGACAUCGAUUGGAACAUGCUCGUUAGUAAAGAGCCUGUCCCUAUUAGUCCAAGCAUACCCGAUGUCGACUCGAACAGCAGUUUGCCUAUUCCUGCUCACGCUCCUGUGCCGCAGAAAUAUCGGCUACAUAUUCGCGACACCUGCCAAAGGUCCUUUAUCCGUCUGGAGCAUCUCAAACGCGAAGCUCAAGGAACCCCCUCUUUUGACGAGUUCAUGUAUAAACCAGUACCUUUACCUUGCAAGGCAUCUGAGAUCAAAGAUUAUGAAGCCGCCAAUUUAUCGGUGCGACAAGCCCAAUGGCAGUCAUUUGGAUUGAUAAGUUCGGGAGAAUACUUACAGCUACUGUUUGAGGAUGAGGCAUUGCCUAUCGCAUCUAAAGGAAUAAGUCUGGUGGAUCAAACAUUUGUUCAGUACCCUACUCCUGGUGACGGCUUCUAUCAACGGCCCGAUGAUAAUUUCUCUGGAGCCGGCGAUCAAUUCAAUCGCAGUAUGGACAACGACUCAAUACCGUUGUAUAGUCCACCCCACCCCAGAGACAUAAAAAUGCGCCGACUAAGUGCCGCCAUCGGAUCAGAGGAUGGUAGAAAUUUUGCUUUCAAGAACCUACAAAAGGCGAACAAAGAUAUCAUCCGGAAAUUACGAGACGAAGCGAUGGCUGCUCAAAAUAAACCAACUGCAGGUUUUCCUUCGGCAUCACUAUCCAAUGCAUCGUCUUCACCUCACUUCGCACUCGAUAACCUCUAG